AUGCGUGAAUAUAGCGUUGGCACCUCACCGGACACAUCAAGACGUGGAUUAACGUGCGUGAACGUGAAAUGCGCACGCGUGGCAGCAUAUAAGCAGCAGAUCAACGAAGUCGUAUUCAUUUUCUGGUGGUUCGACCUGGCGACUGGACGCAUGGCGACACGUUCGACACGUUCGACGUCAUUCGGUUUCGCUGCGUGCGACGAAAACAUCGGCAAUCAACGCACUCAACUGGGCAACACUAUCUCCAAUGCGUUGUAUGGCGAGUUUGCUCAGCCUGCUGUUCAACAACAACACAUGGGUCAGUGGAUGGUUAACACUGGCACAAGGAUGGGGCAGCAGACAUUCGAUCAGGGUGACCAUAAAUCCCAUGCGAUUCGCAUGGUGCGCAAUACGCAAACCAGUAGUCCUGCGGCAGUUAAGCUUUCACAGGAUCGGAUUUACCAACAGUUUGCUCCUAAUGACUCCGAAGAGAACAAGCGAUUCACGGUAGGAGUAACUCCGCAGUUAAAAUCAUCAAGAAAUUUCGAUUAUGUUUUUGGGACGGCUACGGCCAAGAAUGCCCGGACUUUGUAUUGCAAGGCGGAAGUCAUGGUGCCUUUCAUGUUCACUUUCCCUCCGAAUUGUGAUUCUGAAUCACAUAUACGCGUUCGUGCUGAGUAUGUGGAAGAGAGGUACAUGAGCAAACCCGUCGCGCGUUGUCCGAAUCACUUGGCAAAGGAUGGUAGUGAUAUCAAAAUGCAUUUUGUGAGAUGUGAGCAUUCACAGACUGAAUAUCUCGACUCCAAUGAGAAUUACGAGUUGCGUAUUCCCGUGUGCCAGAAGACUGGUUUCAUGUUCAUGUGCUUCAAUUCUUGUUCUGGUGGCAUUAACCGUCGUCUGGUUCAAAUCACCUUCGUACUUGAAGGAGCGUAA